UGCGGCUUGCAAAUUAAUCAACACUCUUUCUCUUUUGACGAUCAACCUUCAGCGGAGACACAAGCAGCAGCAGUCGUAACGAUAGCAGUCAAUAAAUUUGGAAGGAGAUUUAUUAACCGAUAUAUACCUACCUAUUUGGAAUUUCAAUUUCUACACAAUAUACAUUCGCAUUUUGUGAAAUAUAUAAAAGUAUUGAGGAUAUUUUUAAUAGUUGCUGUAUCUUUGGAUUAACGGAGACUUUUUGGAAUUAUAUAUAUACACUGAAGGAAAGGUAAAAGAAGAAUCAAGUCGGCAGCAAGAAAUUUGCCAAAAUUAAAUAUAUCAAAAUUUGCUAUCGAUCUAAUAGAUUGAGUUGAAUUUCAAAAUAAAUAUACAAAUACAAUUAUUGAUUGAAAACUUAAAUGUAACAAUAAAAACUUUUUGUACAAAAAUAAUACUAAACAAUACCAUUUAUUUUAUAAAAAAAAAGGAAAAUUUAAAAUGAUGUCUCCAACGUUGAUUAGAGAAUAUGAAACACGUCAUGUUUUCAGAGAAACAAUAUCAUUGCCUGACAAUCAAUUUAAUUGUAUUAGAGAACCCAAAAUGGAUAUACUCGAAUUUAUUAAAAAAAAAAAAAAUAACUUAAAGAUCGGUGAUUGGUUUAAAGACAUAUGGUAUCCCUUAUAUUACAAAGAAGAUAUUUUAAUAACAAAUAAUAUUUUAAACUUUAUAUAUUAUGGUUUUGGUUUGGUUCCCUCGGUGGGAAAGUUAACCUGUCCACUAGAAUAUACUAAAUUAAAAAUUAAAUUAAGAAAAUCUUUAAAGUAUUUUAAUAUUGAAAGUGAAAAUAUAAGUUAUGAAGAAUUAAAAAAUAAAAAAUCAAAAAUUUAUGAUAGAACAAUUAAAGAAGAUUUGAAAUAUGUAAUGAAAAAUAAUAUAAAAAGUAUUAAAUGGAUUAUGCUUUCUCGUAAAAGUUUUAAAUCUUUAAUUAUGUUUGUUAAAACCAAAAAUGCAAAUAUUAUUAAAGAAUAUUUCAUCAAUUUAGAAGAAUUAUUAAAUGAUUAUUCUGAAUAUAGUAAAGAAAAAAUGUACACUGAAAAAAUUGAACAAAUUGAAAACGAUUUACAAAGAGCUAAUAGAAGUAAUUAUAAUUUAAGAAGUAUGAUUCAUAAUAUAAAAACUAAAAACAAAAAUGGAUUUAUUUAUAUAGCUACAUCUAGGUCUUAUGCACAAUUAAACACUUUUAAAAUAGGUAUGACUAUGGAUGUAGAAAAAAGAUUGCCUAGCUUUAAUACUAAUAAUACAGUAGAAAAUAGAUUUUACUAUUGUUUUUUUGAAAAAGUUUUUAACGCCACUAAAGUGGAAGCUAUUUUAAAUGAUUUACUAGAAGCUUUUAAAGAUAAAAAAACAAAAGAAAUGGUAAAUAUGCAUUAUACAUAUUUAGAAGGAUUAGUUAAAUUAGUUAUCAAAAAUAUAAAUGAGACUUAUGAUCAUAUUAACGACAUAAUAAAAAAUCAUUUAAAUAGAGCGAAUAAUUCACAACCUUUAAUACCUGAAGAAGUUAUUAUUAAUACUGAAACAGAAAAUGUUUUAAGCGAAUUAAAUACAAACAUUAAAAAUGUAUUUGAUAGAUUUGUUGAAGAAAAUAGAUUAAAAUUAAAUAGAAAACAAAUAUUAUCUGAAUUACAAAAUGUUGAAAACAUAAGUAAUAUUAGUAAAUGGAAAUAUGUUAAACAGUAUUUAAAUUGGAAAAAUAGUAGAACAGGUGUUUCAUAUGAAAAUAAACAAUUAAUGAUAACUUAUUAAUUUUGAAUUCUAAUAAUAAAUAGAUAAUGUUUUGAAGUUUAAUUCUUUAUUUUGUAUACAAAAUAAUAUAAAUGAAAUAAAAAUUACUAGCGCAAUUAAUGUUUUAUAUGAUUUUAAUUAUAAAAAAAAUGAUGAUAAUGAAAUAAAUGUUGUAGUUCGGGAAAGUUGGACUUUUGGUGGGAAAAAAUUCAGAAAUGUAUUUUGGCUUCAGGACUGGAAAGAGUAUCAAGAAACGGGUCAGAAACUACAUUUUGCACAAUCACACCUAGAGUCAUUUGGGCGCCAUUUUGUUGGCUUGUUUAAAACAUAAAACAAUUUAUUUCCAUUGAAACUUAUCUGUAAUAAUUUGCAACCAAACAUUUCAUAGUUUACCCUAAAUUGUAGCUAGUGUAUUUCAUGCAUUUUAUUUUGUGACAACAUUCGUUAGUUGUUGCUAUACAAAGCUCUUUGUCUUUUAUGAUGAAUAACUACUAACUGAGACACAAGCGACAGCAGCAAAUUAUCAUCAAUGGGAAAUAGAUAUUUUUUUGUCAUGAGUCAUGUAUUAAG